AUAUGAUCGUCUAUGGGUGCAGUGCUUAGCGAACCUUUCGUGUUUCAUAGGCGUUGACUUUUCUUCGACGUUCCAUUGUGAUCAGCAGUUCGCGUUCUUUUAACUCUUUAAGUUUUCGCCAAAUUCUUAUUUAAUUUAGAAUUUCAAAAAUCCAUUCAUCAUGGCUCUCAGUGACGCAGAUGUUCAGAAACAGAUCAAGCAUAUGAUGGCCUUCAUCGAUCAGGAGGCCAAUGAGAAAGCUGAAGAAAUCGACGCCAAGGCAGAGGAAGAGUUCAACAUCGAGAAGGGUCGUCUCGUGCAACAACAACGACUCAAGAUCAUGGAAUAUUACGAGAAGAAAGAAAAACAAGUUGAGCUACAGAAAAAAAUUCAAUCUUCUAACAUGCUGAAUCAGGCUCGCUUGAAAGUACUCAAAGUGCGGGAGGAUCACGUGCGUAAUUGCCUCGAUGAGGCGAGGAAACGACUGGGCGAGGUGACUCAAAAUCCUGAGCGUUAUCGCGAAGUUCUGAAACUCCUGAUCAUCCAAGCAUUGUAUCAGCUGAUGGAAAAUAACGUUACGAUCCGAGUGCGCCAAAUCGAUUUGGCAAUGGCAGAAAACGUUCUUUCUGAAGUUGAGGCAACAUACAAACAGAUAUCGAACAAGGAUGUUCAUAUCAAAGUCGAACAAGAGAGUUUCUUACCUGCUGAGAGCUGCGGUGGUGUAGAACUUUUUGCUGCCAAAGGUCGCAUAAAGAUCAGCAACACUUUGGAGAACAGAUUAGAAUUGAUAGCCCAGCAAUUGGUACCAGAAGUUCGUACAGCGCUUUUCGGACGUAACCCGAACCGCAAAUUCACAGACUAAAAUAACAAAAGAGGGAGAAGAACGAUCAGCAGAAAGUUCUUCUAUUGCAUCCAAAACAUUCCCUUCUUUUCGCGAACAGUUACAUCAAAUUUAAAAAAACAAUGAGGAAAAUAGAAGACAGAGGAAAAAUAUAAAACGAGAAAGAACAAAACAAAAAUGAGAAAUAAAAUUUUAAAAAGCUUCAAGAAAGUAUAAAUAUAUAUGAAUGAAAUUCUAGAUUUUGCGUAACCCCCGAUGCCAUUAUCGAAAUAUCCGAUUUUGUGAAUAAACCGAAAACUCGAAGAUUAUCGAACUGGGGCUUAGUUUGCGAGACUUGCAAAUAUAAUUCAUUUUAUCGCUAUCACUUUCGAUUAAUCAUGUAUUUCUGCCGGUCGCUGGUAUCGAUCAUUGAUUCUGAAUUCGAACAAUACUGAGUAUCGAGACAAAAUAUUUUUCUUCUUUCGGAAACUCGCUCCAAUGGCGCACAAAAAAACAUGAACUUGCCUGCAAGUAGAUUAUUAUUAUACUGUUAUGAGUAUAAAGCGUCGUAUCGCCUUGUCAAGUACAAUAAUAAUAAAUAAAGUGAAAAAAAAUCACCGUGUUCUUUGAAGCGUUUAAACGGAUUAGUCGUGAAUAUUCGCAAUAUCGUUCUUGUCGAAACUAUAUUGAUGUUCGUUUUUGAAUAUAUCCUCGUAUUAUUUACAGUAAGAAGCAGUAUUCUCGUGUUCUGAAAAGGCUAUGUAUCAAACGAGCCAAUUGUUGUUGCGUAAAAAAAGAAAUUAUAUUGUAUUAAUCGUUUCAAUUUAUCUUUAAAAAAAAAAAAAAAAAAAAUACAAAUAUAUCUAGUGUAGAAUCGUGCUUUGAAUAAAUUGCACGAAUGGUAAAAACAAUUUUUCAUUUUCCUUUUGCGAACGUAUGCACUGCACUUCAAAUAUCAUACAUAAAUGUAAUCUGUAUGUAAGGAAUGUAGCCAUGAAAAGGUGGAGGCUCGAAUACACGAAAGGUAUCAACAUCAA